UGUGUCCCCUCCCCUCCUCUUCCGACGCCGAACCAGAACCAUUCAUCUCUCCCCUCCUUCGGCUUCCACAUCCGGGUUACAGGCGCUAGUGUUAGUCGUCUUGCGUCGUGUGUGCGUCUUGACACUGGAGGAAGAGGGGAGGAAAAAAAAAAAAAGAAAAAAAAAUCGCCCCUACCGAGACGCGUCGCAGCCUCUCGCCCGACUUGGCGCCUCGCGGAGCGGACACAGCUGCCGCCGCGAGUCGGCGAUGUCGCCCAGCUGCGGUAAAGCGGGCACGAGGCGCUGGUGGUAGCCGGGCCAGCCAGCCAGCCAGCCAGCCCGUCGCGCGGGAUCCAGUCUGCGGGGAUUCAACCAUGUCGAAGAGCCUGAAGAAGAAGAACCACUGGACCAACAAAGUCCACGAAGCCGUGAUUAGCCGCGGCAAGGACGGCGAGCUGGGCUUGGAGCUGAAGGGGGGCGCCGAGCUGGGCCAGUUCCCCUACUUGGGCGAGGUGAGAGCGGGGAAGGGGCUCGUCCAGAGCGGCAAGCUGGCCGAGGAUGAGCUGCUGCUGGAGGUCAACGACAUGCCCGUAGCCGGCCUCACCAGCCGGGACGUGCUGGCCGUCAUCAAGCACUGCAAAGACCCGGUGCGCUUCAAAUGUGUCCGGCAAGGGGGCGUGGUUGACAAGGACCUGCGUCACUACCUCAACCUGCGCUUCUCCAAAGGCUCGGUGGACCACGACCACCAGCAGAUCAUCCGAGACAACCUUUACCUGCGCACCGUUCCCUGUACCACCAGGCAGCCCAAAGAGGGGGAGGUGCCGGGGGUGGACUACAACUUUGUGACCGUGGAGCGUUUUAUGGAAUUGGAGCAGAGCGGCGCCUUGCUAGAGAGCGGAACUUAUGAAGACAACUUCUACGGCACACCCAAGCCCCCGGCAGAACCGUCCCCGGCAGCCCCCCCCCUUAAUGUGAGUGAGGCCCUGCUGCCCGGAGCCCGGCCCAGCGCCCAGGGCAAGAGGAAGAGGAACCAGUCGGUCAGCAACAUGGAGCAGCGCGCCAGCUUGGAGCCCCCCGAGGAGGAGGAGGAGGAGAGCCCCGUCGUCAAUGGCAACGGAGUGGCCAUCACGCCAGAGUCCAGUGAACACGAGGACAAGAGCACCGAUGCGUCAGGGGAGGUUGCCGUGGAAACCUGCAGCCAAGCCGCAGCCACCAGCGAGGCCCCCAACGAGGGAGAAGAGGGCCCCAAGUCUCCCUCCAAGUCCCCGUGCAAGGUCCCCGACGUGGACGAAGAAGAGCUGGGCCCCCUGCCUGACAACUGGGAGAUGGCGUACACGGAGAAAGGGGAGGUCUACUUCAUUGAUCACAACACCAAGACCACAUCCUGGUUGGAUCCUCGUCUGGCCAAGAAAGCAAAGCCUCCAGAAGAAUGCCGGGAAGAUGAGCUGCCCUACGGCUGGGAGAAGAUCGACGACCCCAUCUACGGCAGCUACUAUGUGGAUCACAUCAACCGCAGGACUCAGUUUGAGAACCCGGUUCUGGAGGCCAAGCGGCGCUUGGAGCAGCAGAGACAGAUGCAGAGUCAAGGGCUCUCCGCCCUCCCGCUGCCCGCCAUAUACAGAGAAAAGCCGCCCUUCACCAGGGACCCCACCCAGCUGAAGGGCACCUUCCUGUCCACGGGCCUGCAGAAGAGCAACAUGGGCUUCGGCUUCACCAUAAUCGGAGGCGACGAGCCUGACGAGUUCCUGCAGGUGAAGAGCGUCAUCCCAGAGGGACCCGCCGCCCAGGACGGGAAGAUGGACACAGGCGACGUCAUCGUGUACGUGAACGACAUCUGCGUGCUGGGCACCACCCACGCCGACGUGGUCAAGCUCUUCCAGUCGGUGCCCAUCGGUCAGAGCGUGACUCUGGUGCUCUGCCGAGGUUACCCCCUGCCCUUCGACCCCGAGGACCCCAACGCCGCCAGCGCCUCCAUGACGCCCAUCGGGAUGGAGCACCGCCCCCUGGUGGUGAACGGCCGCGGCAGCUACGACCCCUACCUGGAGUAUUUGUCCCUCAGCUCCCAGCUCCCGGCUCAGGCCCUGGCCCAGGCCGGGGUCUCCCACCCGGGGGACACGCACCUGGACGGCUCGUCCCUGCCGCCCACCACGCCCGGUUCCUCCUCCGCGCUCACGCCCCACGACGACAACGUGUCCAUGGCCUCCUCGGGGCCGGCGGGCGGCGGCGGGGGGGCGACGACGGCGGAGCUGCUGACCGUCACCAUGGUGAAAGGAGCGGAGGGCUUCGGCUUCACCAUCGCCGACAGUCCCACGGGUCAGAGGGUCAAACAGGUGCUGGACGCGGGCUCGCAGGGGGCGGCGUCGGGUCUGAUCGAGGGCGACCUGAUCCUGGAGGUCAACCAGCAGCCGGUGGCGGCGGCGGGACACGGACGUGUGGUGGAGAUGUUGAAGGAAUGUCCGGUCGGCGCCGAGGCCACGCUGCUCAUUCAGAGAGCAGCGGCAGGUCACAUCUCUCCGUGGAAGGCCUCCAAACAGUUACCAGAGCAGUGGGACCCCCACGGAAGCCCCCAGGCCAACAUGUCGGGUCCAGUCCUCCCUCCGGGCACUCCCUUCCCCAACCAGCCUCAGCACCGCACGUCCGUGCCGGACUCCACCGAAGGGUUCGACCUCAACAAGCCAGACCCUUACGACCUUUACGAGAAGUCCAGGGCCAUCUACGAGAGUCGACCAGGUCUUGAAUACGAAGAGGUAGAGGUGCACCUUCUGAGGGAGAAGACGGGUUUCGGCUUCCGCAUCCUGGGUGGAGACGAGGCCGUGCAGGCUGUGAGUCCGGACGCCCGUGACAAGAUCGUCAUCGGCGCCAUCAUCGAGAACACCCCCGCCGAGCGCGACGGGCGACUGCGGCCGGGCGACGAGCUGAUCUCGGUGGACAAGAACGUGGUCGCCGGGAAGCCGCACAAGUACGUCAUCGACCUGAUGCACGCCGCCGCUCGCAACGGCCAAGUCAGCUUGACCGUGAGGAGGAGGCUGCAGAUGCUGGGCGAGGCGUGCCCCGUCAACGGCCGCAGCCCCAGCCUGGUGUCCACUCAGCACAGCUCGCCGCGCAGCGACCCGCCUCCGGUCGCCGUGGCGACGGCGUGCGCUCACCAGGACGGCGUGCAGACCAGCGACGUGGUCAUCCAUCGCCAAGACAACGAGGGCUUCGGCUUCGUCAUCAUCAGCUCCCUCAACAGGCCCGAGAACGCCGCCGUCAUCACUGUGCCCCACAAAAUCGGGCGUAUAAUCGAGGGCAGCCCCGCAGACAGGUGUGGCAAGUUGAAGGUGGGCGACCGCAUCCUGGCGGUGAACGGACAGUCCAUCAUCAGCAUGCCUCACGCCGACAUCGUCAAGCUCAUCAAAGACGCCGGCCUCACCGUCACGCUGCACAUCAUCCCGGAGGAAGGGUCCCAGUCCGGGCCCGGCUCCGAGAAACAGAGCCCCAUGACCCAGAAACACGGCGCCCAGCCCAACGCCGCGGCCCUGAGCGGGCAGGCGGCGCCUCAGAUGUCGCUUCAGCCGGGCCAGCAGGCGUCGGGUCAGCCCGCUCAGACGCCGGCUCCCAGCAGUCAGAUCCUGGUUUGUCCUCCCGCACCGCCGCCAUCGCACCCCACAGUGGCGGGCACGCAGCAGAGCCCCGUGGCACAUCCCUCUGGACCUCUGCCGCCGCUCUACCUCCACGACGGCAGGUCAGAGGUUAAAGCCAGACAGGAUGUCAAACCUGACUUCCGCCAUCCUCCGUUCACUGAUUACAGGCAACCCCCCGUCGACUACCGUCACCCGCCGGUGACCGACUACCGUCAACCCCCGACGCUGGACUACCGGCACCCUCCAGGCCUGCUGGACUUCAGGCAGCACCCUGCCGCCUCGCAGUUUCCCCUCAGCAUCACGGCGGACUUUAGACCGCAGGACUUUGACUACUUCACGGUGGAGCUGGAGAAAAGCUCCAAGGGCUUCGGUUUCAGCAUCCGGGGCGGCAGAGAGUACAAGAUGGAUCUGUUUGUGUUACGCCUCGCAGAGGACGGCCCCGCCAUUCGCAACGGGAGGAUGAGGGUGGGGGAUCAGAUCAUCGAGAUAAACGGGGACAGCACGCGGGACAUGACUCACGCCCGCGCCAUCGAGCUCAUCAAGGCCGGGGGCCGGCGGGUCAGACUGCUGCUAAAAAGAGGCACGGGACAAGUUCCGGAAUACGAUUCUCUCUGGUGUCCCACAGACUGUGUCGGCCCCUGGGAUGCCCUUUCUACAAUCCACUCUACCCUGCAGGAAGUGACCCUGGAAGCCCGCCAGAGUCCAUUGCCUUCAUCCCAUCCGGCCGCAUCCCUGGAUUCCCCUCAUCAGCUCCCUCUAGAGGCCAAAGCGUGCAUGACGGCGGACACAAGCCCGCAAGUGACAGACCACGGCCCCUCGGCUCGAGGGGCCGCAGGUGGCAGGUCCACCCAGCAGAAGUGCAGCGUCAGGGGGUCCGCGGAGCCGGACAGGCAGCCCCGGGCUCUGCCUCCUAAAGUCGCCUUGGGGAGGCCCGCUGACGCACGGGAGCGCCAGUGCUCCCCGUGCUGCGACAGGAAGGCCACCAACACCCAGGCGACGGGCUCUCUCUGGCCGUGGGACCCUUACGUGAGCCUCGCUUCCAACGGCGCCUCUCUGGCGGGCGGAGACUCGCACCCGAGCCUCCAGGAGAGGCUGCCGACCAGAGGCCUUCGCCCCAGAGAGGAGGAGCGCUCCGGGGGCCACCUGGGGCUCUGCUGUCCCUCUAAAAGCGGAGGGGAAGCGCCUGCGAGAAGCGCGGCGGGGUCUUGGAACAUGCCUGGGCCGGAUAAGCUGCCGGGCACCCUGAGGUCCUGGACCUCCACUGUCAGCAGGUAGAAAGGAUCCUAGGGACAAAAAUCCUCUCCAUUCCUCUCCUCAUAGUUCCUUCAUUUACCAGAUGAUUCUGACACCCACCACCUUAAAGACCACCCUGAUGGAGAGCAGACUUGUGGUGGACAUGCCUCUGAGUAAAUACUGUCAAGUCAACAAUAUGUACAUGUGCUGUUUUGUCCUUCAAACAAGAGGAGAACAGCAAGAAAAAACAGUUCUCUACCUGGGCCUCGACUACAUAUCAAAACCACGUCGCCAAAACGGUGACCCCCACCCCCUAGAGGAGGUUUUGUGCAUGACACUCGCAAAACAAGGACCGCUUCCUUCGCCCUAGUUCUCCCUAUGAAAGUGAACACACACCUCUGAGUUAUGUACACAACUCAAUCAUAACCAUGCAGUCAUCAUUAUUAUUAUUAUUAUUAUAAACCUGUGUUGUAUUCAUUUAAAGUAGGGAGGGGUGGAGUAAAAAAAAAAAAAAAAAAAAAAAAAAGCAUCGUUCAAGUCUAUAUUUCCAAUUUCUAGGCCUUUUUUUUUUUUUUUUUUUAACCUGUGCUAUGUGUACCACAUCACUGUGCACACACAGUGGGGCAAAAAAAGUAUUUAGUCAGCCAGCGAUUGUGCAAGUUCUCCCAUUUCAAAUGAUGACAGAGGUCUGUCAUUUUCAUCAUAGGUACACUUCAACUGUGAGAGACAGAAUGUGGGAAUUUUAAAGAUUUUAUUUGUAAAUUAUGGUGGAAAAUAAGUAUUUGGUCAACCAUUCAAAGUAGGUUUUAGCUCAAAAUCUCAGGAUACAUGGCCCCAUUCAUUCCUUCCUUAACACGAAUCAAUCUUACUAUCCUCUUUGCAGAAAAACAGCUCCAAAGCAUGAUGUUUCCACCCCCAUGCUUCACAGUAGGUCUGGUGUUCUUGGGAUGCAACUCAGUAUUCUUCUUCCUCCAAACACGACAAGUUGAAUUUAUACCAAAAUGGAUUGGGAGAAGGGCUUCACGGUGGCAGAAGGGUUAGUGCGUCUGCCUCACAGUACGAAGUUCCUGCAGUCCCGGGUUCAAAUCCAGGCUUGGGAUCUUUCUGUGUGGAGUUUGCAUGUUCUCCCCGUGAAUGCGUGGGUUCCCUCCGGGUACUCCGGCUUCCUCCCACUUCCAUAGACAUGCACCUGGGGAUAGGUUGAUUGGCAACACUAAAUUGGCCCUAGUGUCUGAAUGUGAGUGUGAAUGUUGUCUGUCUAUCUGUGUUGGCCCUGCGAUGAGGUGGUGACUUGUCCAGGGUGUACCCCGCCUUCCGCCCGAUUGUAGCUGAGAUAGGCGCCAGCGCCCCCCGCGACCCCAAAAGGGAAUAAGCGGUAGAAAAUGGAUGGAUGGAUGGAUUGGGAGAAUGUUAUGAGAAUGUCAACCAAAGUUUCUGGUACAAACUCGACUCGUGGUGUUUGGAGGAAGAAGAAUACUGAGUUGCAUCCCAAGAACACCAUACCUACUGUGAAGCAUGGGGGUGGAUUUCUGCUAAGGGGACAGGACGAUUGUUCCUUGUUGAGGAAAGAAUGAAUGGGGCCAUGUAUCGUGAGAUUUUGAGCCAAAACCUCCUUCCGUUAGUGAGAGCUUUGAAUGGUUGACCAAAUACUUAUUUUCCACCAUAAUUUACAAAUAAAUUAUUUAAAAUUUCCUGUAUUUUUUUUCACAUUCUGUCUCUCACAGUUGAAGUGUACCUAUGAUGAAAAUUGCAGACCUCUGUCAUCAUUUUAAGUGGGAGAACUUGCACAAUCACUUUUUUGCCCCACUGUAGCAGGAAGUGUGAGGGGAAGACCAUGGACGAGCAGGGCGGAGUGCCUUACACUAAACUCCUCCGAUGGGCGACACAUAUCAGACGUCACGUGUCAAGUGUUGUAGCAUGACCCGUCAAGAAGUGACGGACAUUCUGCGCCGUGUUGUUGCCGUGGCAGACGGCGAAAACCUCCAAGGUGGGGGCGAGUGUAACUCUGUCAUCAAGCGAUGUUGACGUUAAAGAGUCGUGAAUUGGUUCCAGGUCUGACGCGAGGUAAAUGAAUUUCCGCAAAGUACAAAAUCAAAUAUUUCUAGAGAUGUCCGAUAAUGGAUUUUUUUUUUGCCGAUAAUCCGAUAUUGUCCAACUCUUAAUUAUCGAUAUCAACCGAUACCGAUAUAUAUACAGUUGUGGAAUUAACACAUAAUUAUGCCUAAUUUUGUUGUGUAAUCAACUCAAAUUAUGGGAAAAAAAGUGCCAACAUGGCACUGCCAUAUUCAUUAAUGAAGCCACAAAGUGCAUUAUUAUUAUUUUUUUAAAUGCCUCAAAACAGCAGCUUGGCUUUUGGGAUACACUCUCCCUGUUUUAAUCUUGAUACCCACUACAACUAUGGGAAAUACUAUACUUUGACUUUCACAAAGUCUAAGUCUAUGAAAGAGCCACCUAUCCAUCUUCUUCCACUUAUCUGAGGUCGGGUCACGGGGGAAGCAGCCUAAGCAAGGAAGCCCAGAGUUUCCUCUCCCCAGCCACUUUGUCCAGGUCUUACCGGGGGAUCCCGAGGCGUUCCCAGGCCAGCCGGGAAACAAUUUUCCCAACGUGUCCUGGGUCUUCCCCGAACCACCUCAUCUGGCUCCUCUCCAUGUGGAGGAGCAGCAGCUUUACUUUGAGUUCCCCCCGGAUGGCAAAGCUUCUCACCCUAUCUCUAAGGGAGAACCCCGCCACCCGGUGGAGGAAACUCAUUUCGGCCGCUUGUACCCGUGAUCCUGUCCUCUCAAUCAUACCCCAAAGCUCAUGACCAUGGGUGAGGAUGGGAACGUAGAUCGACCGGUAAAUUGAGAGCUUUGCCUUCCGGCUCAGCUCCUUCUUCACCACAAGGGAUCGAUACAGCGUCCGCAUUACCGAAAACGCCGCACCGGUCUUCAUAUAGACCAGGGGUAGGGAACCUAUGGCUCGCGAGCCAGAUGUGGCUCUUUUGAUGCCUGCAUCUGGCUCUCGGAUAAAUCCGAGCUAACAUUGCUUAACACGAUAAGUAAUUAAUAAUUCCACUUGUAAUCACAGUGUUAAGAAUAAUGUUUAAAAUAUAAAACAUUCUCCUGCAUUUUUAAUCCAUCCAUCCGUUUUCUACCGCACCUGUUCAAGAAGUUGCGUUAAUGGUAAGGAGUUAUUUAUUUAUUAUUGGUUAGUGUGGGGCUUGCCCUGCUGGGGGUUCUUCAGACCACCAAGCACCGACAUGAGAGCCGGUUUCAGGGUAACAAUAUUGUUUUAUUUUUCAAUAAGUCUUUCAGUUGCUUUCCAGAAAUUGUAUUUUUCUCUUUCGUUCUCGCUCUGGCUCCAACCCCAACCCUGUCCAUCCUCCUGGCUGCUGCUUAUAACAGAGCGACAGGUGAUUAGAUAACAAGGCCCAAGUCGCUGAUUUCGAGGCCGGUCCUGGCACACCCCAGUUCGCUGCAGGCCCGCAGGCCACGCCCCCUCCACAGUUAACCUCAGAAUAACAAUGUUUUUACAAAGAAUAAGAGACCUAUUAUACUCUAUAAAUGUUGGUCUUACUUAAAAAUGCACUUUUUUAGUUGUGUUCAGUGUUAAAAAAAAUAUAAUGUGGCUCUUGCGGAAAUACAUUUUAAAAUAAUUUGGCUUUUUGGCUCUCUCAGCCAAAAAGGUUCCCGACCCCUGAUAUAGACCAAAAUUACAAAGAAUAUGCUUAAAAAAACACGCACUGUCUUAUGGAGUAAGAAACAAUGUGACUUUACUUCUACAAUAGCAUUAGAGUUGGUGACAGUUUGACUCCGUCAUUAUGAAAUCUACUCUUACACUGAAUCUGAAAUGUAUCAAAGUUGAAGUUACCUUUUUACUACGGUGCUUAACUUCUUUUUACAAUUGAAGAAAAGUUUUUUAAAAAAUGAAGUUUGACAGCAAGCAUCUUCUAAAUCAGGGGUCUCAGACACACGGCCCGUGAGACGUUAUUUUGCGGCCCCCACCUUAAUAUGAAAGUUUAAUGUUAGUUAGGCCUGCGAGUUGUGUUAUUUGGCUCCAAAAUGGCUCUUUUACGUUCUGGGUUGCCUACCCCUGCGUUAGUGGAAAUCCGGAAAAUGAGUGAAAGCGACAGAGACGUUGCCAUGGAGACGAGGGUUUUCUUACGUGCCUGGCUGCAGACGCACCGCGACACCUGUCCGUCAGUAAUAACAGUCCCCGAUAACUUGGACCAAUUCUAACCAUUUGAUUUUUUUAUUGUUUAAUUUGCAUUACCUCACAUGAUGAAGACUACGGUAUAGCUCAGUUGGUAGAGUGGCCGUGCCAGCCACCUGAGGGUUGCGGGUUCGAUUCCCGCUUACGCCAUCCUAGUCACUGCCGUUGUGUCCUUGGGCAAGACACUUCACCCACCUGCUCCCAGUGCCACCCACACUGGUUUAAAUGUAACUUAGAUAUUGGGUUUCACUAUGUAAAGCGCUUUGAGUCACUAGAGAAAAGCGCUAUAUAAAUAUACUUCACUUCACAUAUACUUCUAUAUGAUGCCAGAUAACACUCCGGGAGCCGUCACUUUUUUGCGCUCGCUAUCCAGGUACUUUCCCGCUAUUAUCCGCCGACUGCCAUGUUGCUGUAGGGAGGAAAAUCGGAACGACACACGUUGCAGAAAUAACAUUAUUCUCCGUGCGUCAGCUAAAUACAAAUAUAUUCCACAACACCAAACAUGUCUUUUUCGAAGCAUGCAGUGAAGAGAAAGGUUCGUGAUGAGCAAAGACAAUUCCCGUAAAAGUGGGAGAUGCAAUAUUUCGAUGCCGACGUGUCUUAUUUGCACCCCGAUGUGUCUUAUUUGCACAAAGAAAGCUGCGGUGCACAAGGGAUACAAUUUGAAACGUCCUUAUGCAAGUAAACAUGCUGAGGAGUAUGCAACAUUUUUUUUAAAGAAAUCUUUUCUUGCGGCCCAGCCUCUGCGUCCUGUGGCCUCAGGUAAAUUGAGUUUGAGACCCCUUAUCUAAAUACUCCGAGUUAAGAAUGCUAAAGUGCUACUUCUUAAUGACAGUUUAACCUUUUAACAGAUUAUUUCCAAUUCAAACAAAAACCUAAAAAACAAACAUUUAAUCCAUCCAUCCAUCCAUCCAUCCAUCCAUCAUCUUCCGCUUAUCCGAGGUCGGGUCGCGGGGGCAGCAGCCUAAGCAGGGAAGCCCAGACUUCCCUAUCUCCAGCCACUUCGUCUAGCUCUUCCCGGGGGAUCCCGAGGCGUUCCCAAGUCUUCCUAACUUGUCCUGGGUCUUCCCCGUGGCCUCCUACCAGCUGGACGUGCCCUAAACACAUCCCUAGGGAGGCGUUCGGGUGGCAUCCUGACCAGAUGCCCGAACCACCUCAUCUGGCUCCUCUCGAUGUGGAGGAGCAGCGGCUUUACGUUGAGUUCCUCUCGGAUGGCAGAGCUUCUCACCCUAUCUCUAAGGGAGAGCCCCGCCACCCGGCGGAGGAAACUCAUUUCGGCCAGUUGUACCCGUGAUCUUAUCCUUUCGGUCAUGACCCAAAGCUCAUGACCAUAGGUGAGGAUGGGAACGUAGAUCGACCGGUAAAUUGAGAGCUUUGCCUUCCGGCUCAGCUCCUUCUUCACCACAACGGAUCGAUACAACGUCCGCAUUACUGAAGACGCCGCACCGAUCCGCCUGUCGAUCUCACGAUCCACUCUCCCCCACUCGUGAACAAGACUCCUAGGUACUUGAACUCCUCCACUUGGGGCAGGGUCUCCUCCCCAACCCGGAGAUGGCACUCCACCCUUUUCCGGGCGAGAACCAUGGACUCGGACUUGGAGGUGCUGAUUCUCAUUCCGGUCGCUUCACACUCGGCUGCGAACCGAUCCAGUGAGAGCUGAAGAUCCCGGCCAGAUGAAGCCAUCAGGACCACAUCAUCUGCAAAAAGCAGACACCUAAUCCCGUGGCCACCAAACCGGAUCCCCUCAACGCCUUGGCUGCGCCUAGAAAUUCUGUCCAUAAAAGUUAUGAACAGAAUCGGUGACAAAGGACAGCCUUGGCGGAGUCCAACCCUCACUGGAAACGUGUCCGACUUACUGGUCGUGGAACAAACAUUUAAAGUUUGCAGAAUUUUUUGUUGGGUUUUUUAGCAUAUUCUAUGUAAUUUUGGUCUAUAUGAAGUAUUUUCUAGCAUAAAAAUGGCUUAAUGAACUAAAAUGAUCCAAUACUACAUCCGUAUUGGCCACUAAAAGAGCAUGGCUUCAGAAGCCAGUACUUUCUACUAUGUCUACUAGAGUGGAUUACAAAAGUGUAAAGGGCGUUAUUUCGUGUCUAAAUGUUUAUAACCUCAUUUCAAAUGCAAACAAAUUUUUUUUAUGCGCUCGGUACGGAAAUAUUUGAUUUACUAAUUUGCGGAAAUUCAAUUACAAAUCAACGACAACUCCUCAACAUCAACAUCACUUGAUUAAAUUACACCUUUUUUUUCUGCUUGACUUUUAAAAUGGUGCUCAACUUCUUUUUACACUUGCAUGACAGUUAAAAAAAAAAUGGAAUAUGAAUUAAAGGAAAACUGCACUUUUUUGGGAAUUGUGCAUAUCCUUCACAAUCAUUAUUAAAGACAUGACGAAUCGAUUUUUUUAAUACGUUCUAAAAAUUAAACACACACAGAGCUACUGGGUGCUCCUCUAUUCGGCCCAUAAAAAAACAAUAAAUAACCAUUCAAAAAGCGCUCCAUUUACAUCUAGUGACUUGAAUAUUGACAAGUAUUAGUGAUAUUGUUAUUAUAAGCGCUAUUGCAGAGAAAUGAUUUAUAGCUGCGACGUGAUCACUUCCUGCCUGCCUAUGUUUACAUCAUCUGAAAAAAGUAUAUGGCCGAGAAUAUAAUCUGACAAGUUGGGACACUUUAACAGCCGUUUAGUACCUGGAACUAGUGAGAAUGACACGAAAAACACUUGUUUCUCACCCCGAGGAUUAUUAUGCCAUUCAUCUAAAUGAGAAUAUAUGAACAUCCUAGUAGUCUGCAUCAUGAUGACAGCAGACAUUGUACAGUAAGUGAUGUUUUAUUAUGUUUGUCGGCUCUCGUGAAGUCUGCAGUGAGUACUAGUCAGUGAUGAAGGGAAAAACAGCGAACGUUGUGAUGCGUAUACGUAUCUUUAAAAUGAUUUAAAUAGGUAAAUAUUAUAAAUUUUAAUAUAUUUUAUACCGUAUUUUUCGGAGUAUAAGUCGCGCCUGCCGAAAAUGCAUACUAAAGAAGGAAAAAACAUAUAUAGGUCGCAUUUUUGGGGUGAAAUUUAUUUGAUAAAAAAACAUCAAGAAUAGACAUUUGAAAGGCAACUUAAAAUAAAUAAAGAAUAGUGAGUAACAGGCUGAAUAAGUGUACGUUAUAUGAGGCAUAAAUAACCAACUGAGAAGGUGCCUGGUAUGUUAACCUAACAUAUUAUGGUAAGAGUCAUUCAAAUAACUAUAACAUAUAGAACAUGCUAUACCUUCACCAAACAAUCUGUCACUCGUAAUUGAUGAAUUCGACAAAAUCUUAUACGUCUAGUCUCUUACGUGAAUGAGCUGAAUAAUAUUAUUAGAUAUUUUACGGUAAUGUGUAAAUAAUUUCACACAUAAGUCGCUCCUGAGUAUAAGUCGCACCCCCGGCCAAACUAUGAAAAAAAAUGCGACUUAUAGUCCGAAAAAUACUGUAUAUAUAUUUACUUACAUCGUGUAUAUAAAUUACAUGUUAUUAUAAAUGUUACUAAAUUACAUAUAUACUUACAUCAUGUAUAUAAACCGUUAUCGAGGUGUUUGGAUGCUCUGUAGCAGGGGUCAGCAACCUUUUUGAAACCAAGAGCUACUUAUUGGGUACUGAUUAAUGCGAAGGGCUACCAGUUUGAUACACACUUAAAUAAAUUGCCAGAAAUAGCCAAUUUGUUCAAUUUACCUUUAAUAAAUAAAUCUAUAUAUAUAUAAAAAAUGGGUAUUUCUGUCUGUCAUUCCGUCGUACUUUUUUUUUUCCUUUUACCGAAGGUUUUUUUUAGAGAAUAAAUCAUGAAAAAAACCACUUAAUUGAACGGUUUAAAAGAGGAGAAAACACGAAAAAAAAUUAAAUUUUGAAACAUAGUUUAUCUUCAUUUUCGACUCUUUAAAAUUCAAAAUUCAACCGAAAAAAAAUGAAGAGAAAAAUUAGCUAAUUUGAAUCCUUUUGAAAAAAAUUAAAAAAGAUUUUUUGGGAACAUCAUUAGUAAUUGUUCCUGAUUAAGAUUCAUUUUAGAAUUUUGAUGACAUGUUUUAAAUAGGUUGAAAUCCACUUUGAAAAAAGAUCUAAAAUUGAUUGUGUAGAUUUGCCAGAAUAAUUUUUUUGAGCUUUAAUCAAAAUAAGUUUGAAGAAAUAUUUCACAAAUAUUCUUCGUCGAAAAAACAGAAGCUAAAAUGAAGAAUUGAAUUAAAAUUAGUUUAUUAUUUAUUUACAAUAAAAAAAAAUACUUGAACAUUGAUUUAAAUUGUCAGGAAGGAAUUAAAAAGGUAAAAAGGUAUAUGUGUUUAAAAAUCCUGAAAUCAUUUUUACGGUUGUAUUUUUUCUCUAAAAUUGUCUUUCUGAAAGUUAUAAGAAGCAAAGUAAAAAAAAUAAAUGAAUUUAUUUAAACAAGUGAAGACCAAGUCUUUAAAAUAUCUUCUUGGAUUUUCAAAUUCUAUUUGAGUUUUGUCUCUCUUAGAAUUAAAAAUGUCGAGCAAAGCGAGACCAGCUUGCUAGUAAAUAAAUAUAAUUAAAAAAAAAUAGAGGCAGCUAACUGGUAAGUGCUGCUAUUUGAGCUAUUUUUAGAACAGGCCAGCGCAGGUGGUGACACCUGCUCUAUAGGCUCCAUUGUAAGCUGACUUUUGACAGCAUUUAUUUCAUAUUUAAAAUGCAAAAACAAAUAUCCAUCAUCAUGUCUCAUAAUGAGCGAUAGGCACAAUUCCAACAAAAAAAAGUGCAGUUCCCCUUUAAAUCUUCAUGGUAUCUUCGGGGAGUUCAAAACUGUCCAUCUAACUUGCCUCUCCAGAUAAUAGCAAUGUUUUGAUUAUGACAGUUUGACUCUGGAACAGAUCAUUUUUGUUUCCAAUCCUAACUAACCUGAGAUUUAUUGUUCCACCUUGGAGGUUUGUGAUUUUUGGCCAUUUAAAGGCAUCUUGUAAAAAAAAUUCAGACAAAUGGAAUUUCAGUCAACAUUGUGUGGAGAUUCUGGAUGUGCCUAAAUGCAUAAUGUUUAUUAGAUGCUAACUAAAGUGUGUAAAAAGUCUUAGGCCAACCAUAGCUUUGUUAGAAUUACUUUCUUCCACAGGGUCAUUAUUUUCCAUUUAUUUCGCCUCAUUUUAAGUGGUGUCCUAACUAUUAGUUAAUAAUGCCAGUGCAUGCUAUACGACGAAUUCAAGUGUAUCGUUAACGGCCCAAGACUUUUACACGGUUGGAUCUUCACUCAUUCAAUGUCUCCGUUUGAGCAAGUGACAGGUAUUAUCAGCAAGUUGCUUGGAAGAAAAAAAAAAAAAAGGUCAAAUGUCAGAAAACGCUCCUCCCACCUCCGCCCUGCCUUUUGGGAGUCAUUUUAUACAGCGUGAAGAAAAAACGAAAAAAAAAACGCAAAGAGCAACGGCACCCGUCCAUCCCGACCUGCAUCGAGAUCAAGUAUCGUGUGUUGGUGUUGACCCGCUUCACCUUGUACAGCUGUAUUCCUACAAAUAUGGGUUACUGUAUCGUUGAUACUGUAGUUUCAAAGACGUCAACAACUAUUUUUAUGAAAUGCGACAGUACUGAUAUAUUACGUUUUGCUAUUGAAAAAUGUUGAAAAAAAAAAUAAAAAAAAAAUACCUUGUUUACCAAAAGAUAUUCUGAAAUCCUGUCAAAUAAAGUCCUUGACAUGGUGGACAAGAGAUUGUUUUACUUGUCAUGACAACACAGAAGAUAGAACAAGAUAUCAAGAUUUGAUUUAAUAAACGUUUACACAUAGGCA